AUGAAUUAAUUGUUAUCUUCGAUAAAGGAAAAAUAGAACUCUGAAUAGUAAAAAUAUCAACUAUCAGAUAUUGAAAAAUAAAUAUCGAUAUCACAUAUUGAAAAAUACAUAUCGAUAUCAUAAUAAAUUCUCAAAUAACCUAUUAAAGAAUAAAUAUUGACUUUAAACUAAGAAAUUAGAAAUACAAAUAAACUUACAAAUAAUAAGAAAUAAUACUAUAAGCAUUAAUAUUAAAAAUAACUAUUAAGAGAAUUAAAGGCUUUAGGUGAAGUUAAAUAAAUUCCUCAUGUAAAAUAGAAUAUUGAAGUUUCAAAUCCAGAUGUGCUGUUAUAUGUUUUAAAAGAAUAAUUAUUACGAGAUUAAAAUAGAGAAUUAUUAUAUUCAAGUAAAGAAUAUUCAUUUGGAUUAAAUUCAAUUAUAGGAGCACAUGGCUCAGAUUAAACUUGUCUUAAAAUUAGAAACAAAAAUCUCGAUUAUGAUAAAAUUGUGAAUGACAAUAAAUUAUUAUAACAACACCUAUUAAAAUUUAAAGAAGAUAUAUCAAAAUUAUUUUAGAUUCCAAUUGAUAAAAUUGAAAUUUUAGGAGUGUAAAAGGGAAGUUUUGAAAUUGAUUUUAAAUUAUAAGGGAAAAAUUUGGAUUACAUCAAAAAAAUGAUUAAAGUUAAUCCAUUAAUAAAAGAAUUUUUAGACAAUUAUUGUAAUGGUAAUAUUGAAUUUGUAAAAUAUUUUGAUUAAGCAUAAACAGAUGUUACCAUUUCCUCUGAUGAUUUUAAUCCUAUUUAUAAUAUGAGUUGGGAGGGUUUUCAUGAAAAAGAAGAGAGAGGACCUCCUGAUCAUAAAUAUGAUUAUUAUUUUCCAAUAGGUUGUUAUGGAUUUGGGUUAAAUGUAACAAAAUAUGAAAAUAGCGAAGAUUGGUUAAAAAUGGAUGGUAACCCUAAUGAAUGGAGAAUUCUGUACCAUGGUACUCUUAAUGAGUAUGUAAAUUCAAUAGUGAGAAAUAAUUUACAACCUGGAUAAAGAAAUCUAUAUGCUUCAGAUUUGUGUUAUGAUGAAUAUGGUUCUGCGGUAUAGGUUGGAAAUGGAAUUUAUUUCUCAGAUAGGUUUGAAGUUUGUCUUAAUUAUACUUCACAUAUUGAGAUUGAUCGCAAACACUUUUAAGCAAUCUUUAUGACAAGAGUCAAUCCAAGGAAAAUUAGAUAAAGCGAUAGAAUGGUGGAUGUCAAUUAUUUUGUAGUUAAUAAUUCAGAAGAUGUUAGACCAUAUAGGCUUUUAUUAUAUGAAACAUAAUGA